GGUUCGCUAUUUUACAUUCUUUCUAAAAGCUUACAAACAAUAUGUUUAAGCUCAGAGUUUAAAAUCGUAUCCAUAGGCAGGAUUUGUGUACUUGAACAAAACAUGCAAGAGAAUCCUAAUGUAUAAGGUCUUUGCCCACGCCACACACACAGAAAAAACAGUCGAUCAGGGAUGUUUGAUUAAUGGAAAGUGGUGUCUGUUUCUUAUCGGACCAUGCGCCGCCCACACACAAGUUAGAUUCCCAAAACAUCAGCACAGUGCAAUCUUCUCGACAGCAUCUGAUAAGGCACAAGCCCUUUGAAAAAUAAUCUUUUUAAAACGUUGUUUAUUUCUACCAAACGCGGUCUCUGCCACUCCAAUCAGCGGCAGGAUGAAGUCUGAAGAGGCGUUUCCUUCCUCCUGUUACUAGUGCAAGACAAUAAGCGCCUUUCAGUCAGGGUUCAGUCUGAGUUUGGGUCCAUGGGGCAGGGGCACAGCGUACCCACAUCACGGGAGGGACAUGUUUAAAAUACGCUUCGUCUUCUGCAGCAGCCCCGCCGCAAAAAACACUCAACUGGGAUAAGAAACUGCAGCUGCAGCGAAGUGUGUGUGUGGUUUUUUUUUGUACCGAGAACUCCAGACGGGCAGGCAUCUGUGAUUUAAAUAAGCAACAUUGCAUGCAUUUAAAACAUCUUUUUUAUUUGUAUUCUUUGCAUUUUUGUUUAAAAAUCUUUCCCUGCAUUAUUUCAUUUCGUUUCUGUUUGAAUGACUGGGCGCUCUCUCUCUCUCUCUCUCUCUCUCUCUCUCUCUCUCUCUCUCUCUCUCUCUCUCUCUCUCUCUCUCUCUCUCUCUCUCUCUCUCUCUCUCUCUCUGUUCCCUUCUUUUUUGAGUACAUUGCUAAGCAACACAAGUUGUUUCAGUGGAGAUUCAAGCGGAAUAGCAAUUUCACAGAAAGGGACAAACUGAAACGUGGUGUUUAUAAUAAGCAAAGAAAACACGUUUUGCAUUUUGAAAAACGUUAGAACAAUGGUUGGCAGACUCAACCUGCAGGAUAUCCCUGGUGACCCCUUGGAUAUGAAGCGGAAAGCGGAGAGAGUGCUCGACAGCCCGGACUCUGGGCUGCCCACCAGCCCGAGCCCUAGCGCCUGGCUUCUCUCCCCGGUCAACGGCGAGAAGGAACUGCUGGAACCAGAGACCAGCGGGCGAGCAGUGGUUCCUCUGAUUCCCAGACUGUACCCUCUGUCUUUCGGGGAGGGAGUUGAACUUGACCCACUGCCAGCUAAAGAAAUCAGGUACACCUCCUCAGUCCACUACGACUCCGAUCGUCACUUCAUCCACGAUGUGUUCUUCCUGCCGGUGGGUCUGGCCAUGGCAUCCUGCAGCCAGACUGUGUUGGUCCUGCCGAGCUGCACCUGGCGCAGGUACAAGACACAGCUGGAGUUGCAGCCUCGGCACCGGGCACAGCGCUACCAGAGCACCACCAUCGUGUACCCCAAACACGCCCGGGCUGUCUACACCACGACUCUGCAGUACGACUGCCGCCGGCUCUCCAGGCGCUUCCUGUCCAGCGUGGAGCUUGAGGCCGUGGACCGCACCCUCAGGCCCGGCUACCACUGAGCCGGUCAGCCGGUGCAUUGUGAUCUGGGGGCUUUGCCAGCCGUGCCCAGGAGACUGUUUUCAACAGCAAUGCCUUGGAAAUGAGUUGCUGCAACUCGAGACGUUUUCUGCUGAGAUUUAGAAUUUAAGAACAAAAUACCACAAGGGACACUUUGAAAGUGCAUGUGCCUUACGGUUUUAACCUCGUAACCUUUUACUAUUUUUGUCAGAAUUUAGUCUAACAUUUCGUCAAUCUGAAAACCAGCAACUGCUAUCCAUGACCGUAUGCACUAGUUAACAGAGGUUUUAAAGGACCUGUGUGCAUUAUGGGAUACAGAUGAGCAGGGGACACACUGGAGGAAUCAGACUAUUCUAGCAGGAGUUUAAGAUACUCUAUUGCUCAGAUUUCAGGGUGCCUUUUAUCUGGUGUCAAAAAUCAAUAGGAUGUGCUUCUGCAGCAAAUACCAAAUACUAUUGUGCUUAGUGAGGAUUCAAAUAACCAAAAGGCUCAUAGAAGAGUAAGAGUGCAGAAAAUCCAUCCUAUUGUAAGUUAUUUUGUAUUGUAUUUUUGUUCUGAUUUUAUAAGCACUACACUCCUGGUAUGUUACUGUUUCUGGUGCUUAGUUUAAAGGUGUAGUAUCCCAUACAGUAAAUAGAUGGCUUUAAUCUGAAACGUGGUGGGGACCAACGUAACACAACGUAACGAGACUGGCAAAGUGAAUGCAGUUGUACAGAAGUAGUGAAGGGCUGGUUGUUCUUGUGACAGGACUGUGGUCAUGUAACUCUGUUCCCAGAGCUAUGGUAGAAAUGAAAGGGCAGUACCAGAUUGAGAUGCAGUGAUGUGGUCGAUGGCACAGGUGAAAUGCACAUGUCAACUAGUUUUUAUGGAGAUACUGUUUCCAGAAUUUGAGACUGAUGGGAUAUGCGAGAUUCCUGCCUUAGUGUGUUUCCCAUCGCUUCCCCUCCGCCUCCUUUGCAGCAGGUUUCCCUUUUCUUAGGGGUGUCGGACGCUGUUGGGUCUCCGAGUCUCUGAGACAGAAAGCUUAAACACAAGCUAAAAUCCUGCCCUGUUUUCUAUCAAUAAACCAUUUCAGUCAUACAUUUGCUGUUCCUUGAAUACCCAAUUAACACCUUCCUAUUUUCAAGACUAAGAAGGUGUGAUCAUUUGAGAAGCUUCUCAUGCUCUGACCAAUGCUUUUUAUAUUUGUUCUAAAUAUUCAAUAGCCCUUGAUGUUAAAAUGAAUAUUGAUAUAUUGUCCAUUUUUUUGUUUUCUUUCUGUUCCUUAUGUUGGAUUUUAAAUGUAAGUAAUCUCUGUUAUCAGUAAUACAUGCACAUGAAGAUUAAAUGAAUACAAGCACUUCA